AUGUCUUUGAGCUUGCCUGCAACUCCCGUCAACGAUUUUGCCUCCUUGAAAACAUCCCACCGUCAUUCAUUAAACCCGGGCUCGGCUCCGCGACCACUUCAUCUCGUUGAUGCCAAUGUUCCAGCACAUUCUCCAGGACCAGCAACCGCUCCCUUGUCUCAUUCAUUUGGAUCUCCUUUGACCUCUCCAAGAAACUCGUUGAGUUAUUCUGAAAGGAACUCCGUUGUAAAACCUACGCGGCAUCCCUCUCGUCGUCAAUCAUCCAUAUCAUAUUUCGCAAGUCACGACGAUGGCCGCCAGUCUUCCCGUCACUCCUCUCGCAGCUUAUCUGUAAAAUCUAACAGAGGUAGUACUGAAGGAGUUCCUGUGGCUGACAGAAGAAGUGUGGGCUCUGAAGAGUUUGGGGCAUCAGAACCUCGAGCACGACCACCUUUGACAUUGACAGAAAAGCAUGCUGACUUGUUACAAUUUAUCGCGCAAAAGGAGUCGAAAUGCCUGGAGCUUCGCUCCCAACUAGCCGUACACGAAACUGAGCUUCUGAACUUGAAACGCCAAUGGGAGCGCAUUGUAAACAGAGGUUUCGACAGAGUGAAUGGGCUGAAUGAUUACUCGUCGAUGUCCAGUUUCAACUCUCCCACCGCCGCUGGUGGUCAGGGAGCCUCUCCUUCCCCUUCAAUCUCGAAUACGAGAACAGGGCAUGCUGCGAGACAGUCUAAUUCAUCUGUCUCGACUUCCACUACUACAGCGUCGUCAACGCGUUUUUCCCAGUCGUCUGCGUCAUCUCUAGGAGAAGAUGUCAGCCCUGUAGUUGUCAUACCUGAAAACGAUCCAGAACCUUGUCACGACGCUUCGCAAGAAGGGCACCAUUCACGAACCUCGGGGGCACGAACCUCUAUCGACAUGCAACGAUCAACCAAAGUGCACCGACGGAAGUCACGCGAUUGCUCGCAAUAUGCUGGAGAUCUAUCAUCUAGCCCAACAUCUAGUUCAACAGCCAUUGAUGUGAUGGUUUCGCCAAGUAAUGAAUCACCUGCUUCACCAUAUAUCGAAACGGAUGCUGCUGCGCAAAGGAAGCACGUCAGAAGGCAGGAUUCGGCUUUCCCACCACCAUCGUCUAUACCUGGAUUAGCAUCAUUAUCUGUUGUGGGAGGCUCUGUUCCACCCGUGUCGACGUGGGUUGGUAGUGUAGGGAAGAAAUGGGAAGAAUUGCAGAAGGGCACGUCCUUUGCCAAAAGUCAGAAACGCGCGUCAGUUCUCUUCUCCGACGUUUCCCAAUCAAUCGCAUUUGCACUGGCCUCUCCCAAUUCUGCGUCUCCAUCGCAGCAGAGCCCUGGGCUAUCUUCAGUCGCCUCGUUAUCACUCCCGCAAACGCCGUCACGCUUCUCGACAUCAACCGUGUCCCUACUCGAUGAUGACGAAGAUACGAUACACGGAAGUGUAGCGCUGGGGAGCGUGAUGACGCCCGACUCGACUGCUAAGCUUGCUCCGCCGCGUCUGACGCCUUCACCUGCGCCUCUGAGUGCAUCGACCUCGGAUGAUGAUGAGUGGAACUGGUAG